AUGGAUCUAGUCAAAUACAUCUUUGAAAAGCUCGCUCUCACUGGAAGGAUCGCUCAGUGGCAGGUUCUGCUGUCAGAGUUUGAUAUCGUUUAUGUAACUCAAAAGGCGAUAAAAGGGAGUGUCAUGGUAGAUUACUUGGCUCAACAGCCCAUCAAUGACUAUCAGCCCAUGCAUCCAGAAUUCUCGGAUGAGGACAUCAUGACCUUGUUCGGAGAAGAAGUAGAGGAUGAAGAUAAAGACAAAUCGAUCAUGUGGUUUGAUGGUGCAUCUAAUUCAUUAGGCCACGGAGUUGGUGCAGUUUUGGUUUCCCCCGACGAGCAAUAUAUACCUUUCACGGCUAGGUUGGGUUUUGACUGCACAAACAACAUGGCUGAGUAUGAGUUGAGAAGGGAAUGGGAGACCAGGGAUCAUAAGUUGGUACCCUACCAGGCCUACAUCAGGAAGUUGAUAGAAUUCUUUGAUGACAUAUCCUUUCAUCACAUUCCUAGAGAGGAGAAUCAGAUGGUUGAUGCCCUUGCCACUCUAGCGUCCAUGUUCCAAUUGACCCCACACAGGGAUUUAUCGUACAUCAAAUUUAGAUGUCACGGCAAGCCUACAUACUGCUACUUGAUAGAAAAGGAGCUGGAUGGUAAACCUUGGUACUUCGAAGACAAGGAAUACCCACGGGAGGCCUCCGACAAUGACAAGAGAACAUUACGAAGGUUGGCGGCCGGAUUUUUCCUAAGUGGGAAUAUCCUGUACAAGAGGAACCAUGAUAUCGUGUUGCUUCGGUGUGUGGAUGCCAGGGAGGCUGAGAAAAUGCUGGUAGAAGUGCAUGAGGGAUCCUUUGGAACACAUGCCAACGGGCAUGCCAUGGCCCAGAAGAUUCUGAGGGUAGGGUAUUACUAG